AUGGCGUCCUCCACACCUAAGCCUUUCGAUUAUGACUCCGAGCUGCCUUACCCGGCGCUGCACGAAAAGGCGAAGUAUGUCGUCUUGACUGACUGGGACGGAACGAUCACGGAUAAGGACACCAAUGACUACUUGACUGACAACUAUGGCAUGGGUUACGAAGCACGCCGAGCUUUGAACAACAAAGUUCUCACUGGUGAAGUAUCAUACCGGGACUCGUUCCACCAGAUGCUCGAGUCUGUUACGCUCCCAUAUGACGAGUGCAAGCGGAUACUGCGGGAGAACAUCGGACUGGACCCCGGUUUCAAAGAAUUCUACGAUUUCUGUCGGUCAAAAGACAUCCCCGUCGUCCUAGUCUCCAGCGGAAUGACACCCAUCAUCCGCGCCGUCCUCUCCUCUGUCUUACCAGACGACGCCGACUCCAUCGAAAUCAUCGCCAACGAAGUCAAAUUCUCCAACCCUGACGACCCCGCCUCGCACUGGGAAAUCAUCUACCGCCACCCCCACUCGCACCACGGGCACGACAAGUCCAAGGCUAUCCUCCCCUACCGUGACUUGCCAGGCGAGCGGGUCAUCUUCUUUUGUGGUGAUGGCGUGUCGGACCUGAGCGCUGCGGCACAUGCGGACGUGCUGUUUGCCAAGGAGAUGGCGAAUGGGGAUUCGGACUUGAUGCGGUUUUGUAAGCGGGAGAAGAUUGCGCAUGUGCCGUUCAACGACUUCACCGACGUCACUAAGCGCGUCAAGGAGGUCAUCGAGGGCAAGCCGUAUAAGGAGGUCCUUCGUGAAGCCGGGAACGACGUAUAA